AUGGACAGUGUUGAUUUGGAAACACUUUAUGAAAUAUUUCCUGAACUUGAGGAAAAAACAGAAGUUGAAGCACACAAAAUUGUUUAUGAUAUACUUUGUGGAAUGUCUAAAGCAAGAAUAUUGGCUGAUUUGAACGGUUUUUUUCUUUUAAAUUUAUUUUAUUUUUCAAAAAGUUUUUUAUGGGACAAAGUGUCGCCCAAAAAAAAAUUUUUUCCCCACGAUACAAUUUUCAACCUUCAAAGAAAAAUGAAGGUUGAAAAUUGUGUUGGUGUUGUUGAAAAGAAACUAAUAUAG